AAAUGUCAAACUCCAACAAUAGGACACCAAUUAAACACUAAAGAUGAAGAUCGCAAUCGUAUUCUGUCUUUUGGCUGCUGUUGUGACUGUUCAGGCAGGAUAUUCUCCCAUGAGGAAAGCAGAUUCCAAAGUCAAAGCAUUGGCUGUUAAAGUCGAAGGUGAAGUAGAGAAUCAUAUGGGAACUCAGUACAACGGCUUCAUUAUUAUUUCAUACAGGCAAGAAGAAACUCGAAAAGGAACAAAGUAUUUGUUUAAGGUAAAGACAAAUAAAGUAUACUUACAUGUAAAAGCCUUUGUGAGCAAGAGCGGUGCUGUUUCAGCAAUUAAAGCGGUCCUAAAGAAGAAAAAUGAUGAUUUAGUAGAUUUCUAAUAAAUUC